AUGGAUCCCUUGAGGAAUGACACAGAAGUGACUGAAUUUAUUCUUCUGGGGUUGACCAAUGAAACCACUCUGCAAAUCCCACUCUUCCUAAUCUUCUUUCUCAUCUACACUAUCACUCUGGUUGGGAACCUGGGGAUGAUCGAGUUGAUUCUGCUGGACUCUCGCCUCCACACCCCCAUGUACUUCUUCCUCAGUAACCUCUCCCUGGUGGAUAUUGGUUAUUCCUCUGCUGUCACUCCCAAGAUGAUGGCGCAAUUCCUCACAGGAGACAAAAUCAUCUCCUACAAUGGUUGUGCCACCCAGCUUUUCUUCUUUGCAGGCUUCAUCACUGUAGAAAAUUUUCUCUUGGCUGUCAUGGCCUAUGACCGCCAUGCAGCAGUGUGCAAACCAUUGCACUAUACCACCACCAUGACGACAGGCGUCUGUGCACGCCUGGUCCUCUGCUCCUACCUGACUGGCUUCCUGGAUGCUUCCAUUCACACUGCGAACAUUUUCAGCCUCUCUUUCUGUAGGUCUAAUGUGGUUGACCACUUUUUCUGUGAUGCUCCUCCUCUUUUGACUCUCUCGUGCUCAGACAAAAGCAUCAUUGAGAUGGUUAUUUUUUGUGUGGUGGGUUUCAAUAUCCUCUUCUCUGUGUUGGUAAUUUUGAUCUCCUACCUGUUUGUAUUCCUCACCAUUCUUGGGAUGCGCUCAUCUGAAGGUCGUCAGAAGGCCUUUUCCACCUGUGCUUCCCAUUUUAUUGCUGUCUCCAUGUUGUACGGGACAACUGUCUUCAUGUACUUACAGCCCAGCUCCAGCCAUUCCAUGGCCACAGACAAAAUGGCAUCUGUGUUCUAUACAAUCAUCAUCCCCAUGCUCAAUCCAUUGAUCUACAGCCUGAGGAACAAAGAGGUCAAGAGUGCCUUUGUAAGACUUUGGAAAAAGCAAAGAUUUCUAUAA